UGAAUUGGAUAUGCUUGACGAGGGAAGUUUUAAACGUAAUAAUAAAACAAUUCUGGGCACAUUGUGCAACUCUGGGAAGGUUCAGUAGAGAUGGCUACAGGGGAUGUGAAGGGAAGUCUCCGGAAGCUGCAAGCAUCGCUCCGAUCUGUAAAAUAUCUUAAUGAUGUCGACUAUCAAGGGUUGGCUAAAGGUGAUCCAUCCUCUUGUUUACCUAUAGUGAGCUACACCCUCACCUCCUUCUCCUCGACUGUAGCCGAACACUUGGUGGAGCACAGCGUUGAGCUCACGGGGAGGAACGACCUGAGCUUCGUCGAAUCCGUUUACAAGGUCCUGCGUGAUCUGUUCAGUUAUAAACCCCUGCUGACCAAGCAGCAGUUCCUGCAGUUCGGAUUCGCUGAGAGAAAGAUGGGUCUCCUCUGUGAUAUCAUCGGACUCGUGCUGGACAAACACAGACAGCUCACGAAGGGCACCAAGGUCGUGAGUCCGUUGAGACGGAGGACGCUGUCGCGCAGUGACUCCAAAACUGUGGAGCGUUUAACACCCAAAGAGACCCAGAGAGCCUCAACACAGAGAGUCGUACGGAGCAAGUCGCUGGUCGAGAGGCACGUGGGCAGCAGCGUUUCAGCGCAGGUUUCAGCGCAGUUCAGCUUUUCCUCAGAUGAACCACAGCAGCAGGAUGAACGAGAUGAGGACGAGGAGGAACAGAAGCGUGAUCACAUCACUCCACAACCUGCUGCUCACCCGGAGUGUGUGUCGGAGAGCGUGCUGAGAGCAGUGGAGGCAGGUCUGCAGGAGUGUGUGUGCAGGCUGCAGCAGCAGCUGAACAUGCUGGAUGCCAGAGUGCAGGCACUGGAGAAGAACACAUCUGGGAUCAUCUGUAUAGAGCGCAGCGUGUGGCAGGAGCUGGAGAACCGCGUGCUGCUGCUAGAAACCGGGCUGGCGUUAACCCAAGCACAGGAUCCAGUAAGAGCAGGUGAGGUGAGAGUAGUGAAGAACCAGCACACAGAAAGGACAGAGGGCAAGAGCCCCAACGACACAUCGAUUACACUUGUACCAUCAUCUUCAGAGGAGAAUAUUAAGGAGAGACUGGAGAGGAUAGCCAGCAUGAUGAAGGACACAUCAAGCCUCCUGAAGAACGUUGAGCCCACGAUCUGACUGAAUAAACCUGACGUGUGAAUGUGAACGUAUGAAGGAGAACAAAAACCUGCUCAGAGAACCUGUAGGUGCGCCGCCACCGUCCAAAUAUUUAUUGCUCAUGUUUUGUAACUUUUAAUAUGAAAUUAUUUUUCUUUUAAGAUGAGUAGAUCUGACUUUCUGAUAAAUUAUGAAUCCAGUAGGAGCUGAUAGUAUUUUUAGUCUGGUUUUAUAUCCAGAUGAUCCCUGCUGGAGCUGAAAUGUCUGUAACAUCAUGUUUGUAACAUCAUGUUUGUCCAGUAGAUGUCAGUAUGAUCCUGUAAUCCAGCCAGUACAGUAUGUUCUGUGCAUUACCACAAGUGUCCUGAACACCUACAAGCAUUUUGUUCUCACUUUGUUUUUCCAUGUUCAGAUUUCAGGCCAGGUCCCCAACAUGUGAUGCAUAAUAAACCUUACUGCGAGGUAAAGA